AUGGCAGCGAUGGCAGAAUUCAACAAUGUCCGUUCAGUGACUGAAAUGCCAGAAGGAGACGAUGCUAAACGCAGUUUCCAUCACAGAAUGUUCUUGGAACCCCAGGAGAAGAAGAGGAGCAUGAGGGCUCUGGUGGUUAAGCAAGCACAGAAAGCUUGCAGCUGCACUCCGGCCAAAGUUAAAGACUAUGUUUUCAGUUUCUUUCCCGUCUUGCAGUGGCUUCCUAAAUACAAGCUAAGAGAGUACCUACUGGGAGACAUAAUGUCUGGUGUGAUUGUGGGGGUCUUACUAGUCCCACAGUCAAUUGCCUAUUCUCUCUUGGCUGGACAGGAGCCCAUUUAUGGCCUUUAUACAUCCUUUUUUGCUAGCAUUAUUUAUUUCAUAUUUGGAACCUCCCGCCACAUCUCAGUUGGCAUCUUCGGUGUGAUUUGCCUGAUGGUGGGACAAGUGGUGGAUCGUGAAAUACAGAGAGCUGGCUAUGACUUAGAGCCAGCUGCGCUCACUGUCCUCACAGAUACAGCAGCGUAUGUAAAUGCCACCGUUUUGCCUGUGAAUCAGACGUCCCAGAAGCUGUUCUGUGAUAAAAGCUGCUAUGCAAUUACAGUGGGAGCCACCAUGACCUUCAUAGCUGGAGUUUAUCAGGUGGCCAUGGGUUUCUUUCAAGUGGGCUUUGUCUCAGUGUACCUCUCCGAUUCAUUGCUGAGUGGAUUUGUCACGGGUGCCUCCUUCACCAUCCUAACCUCACAAGCGAAGUAUCUCCUGGGCCUAGACAUUCCACGGAGCAGUGGCAUCGGCUCCCUCAUAACCACGUGGAUAAACAUCUUCAGAAACAUACACAAGACCAACAUCUGUGAUCUCAUCACCAGCUUCUUGUGCUUUCUUGUACUUAUCCCAACCAAAGAGCUUAAUGAACAUUUUAAAUCCAGGCUCAAGGCUCCAAUACCAGUUGAACUAGUCGUGAUUGUGGCAGCUACUCUGGCAUCUCACUUUGGGAAGCUGAGAGAGACUUACGGCUCGAGUGUUGCUGGACACAUCCCAACUGGGUUUCUGCCACCUCGCCCUCCAGACUGGAACCUGAUUCCUAGUGUGGCUUUGGAUGCUAUCCCCAUAGCUAUUAUUGGCUUUGCCAUCACUGUCUCCCUCUCAGAGAUGUUUGCCAAGAAGCAUGGUUACUCCGUGAAGGCCAACCAGGAAAUGUAUGCAAUUGGCUUCUGCAACAUCAUUCCCUCUUUCUUCCAUUGCUUCACAACAAGCGCAGCUCUUGCCAAGACUCUUGUCAAAGAGUCCACAGGCUGUAGGACACAAAUGUCUGGCAUGGUGACUAGUUUGGUAAUCCUAUUAGUCCUCCUUGUGAUUGCACCUUUAUUUUAUUCCCUUCAGAAAUGUGUCCUUGCUGUCAUAACAAUUGUAAACCUCAGAGGAGCCCUGCGGAAGUUCAAGGACCUGCCAAAAAUGUGGCAUUUGAGCAGAGUGGACACAGUGAUCUGGCUAGUUACUAUGGCAGCCUCAGCACUCAUCAGUACUGAGAUUGGUCUUUUGGUUGGUGUUUGCUUCUCUAUGCUCUGUGUCAUUUUCCGAACUCAGAGACCGGAGGCACCGCUGCUUGGCUGGGUGGCAGAGUCCGAGACGUAUGAAUCCCUGUCUGCUUACAAGAACUUGCAAACCAAGCCAGGAAUCGUGGUGUUCCGUUUUGAAGCACCCCUCUACUACAUCAACAAAGAGUGCUUCAAAUCCACCUUGUACAAGCAAACUGGGGUCAACCCAGUCUGGGUGAAGGCAGCAAAGAGAAAGGCAGCAAAAAGAAUGCUUAGAGAGAAAGAGGUGGAUUCUAGUGGCAACCAGACCAGCAUCUCCAUGGAUUUUGUCUCUGAACCUCUGGGGUUUCACACAAUAGUGAUUGACUGUUGUGCAGUACAGUUAGGAAUACGCACACUCAAAGAAGUUUGCAAGGACUACAGGGAGAUAGAUGUCCAGGUGCUACUGGCCCAGUGCAAUCCUUCGGUGAGGAGUUCCCUGAUCCGAGGCGAAUUCUUUAAAGAAGGGGAGGACCACCUUCUCUUCCAUAGUGUGCACCAGGCUGUGGACUUUGCAUUGGGUGCACAGGAGCACAGUGGGACCAGUACUUCUAAGGACUAG